UAAAUAGGCAGAGAAGGCUGUUACUGUGUGGUUUUGGAUGAGCGCCGAAACGGUUUGUAGACUUCGCACAUACACAACAGGAUGUAGCAGCGGCGAAAUAAAUAAGAAAGGAGAAGAAAAGCGCGUGCGAAGAACGGAGGUGUAGAUUGUGAGGGUGGACAGAAGCAGAAGCCGACGGUAGCAGGAUUACCCACGGCAGGUUAUGAUGACAGCACCGCGGCCCGAGCUUCUAACCUGAAGUACCAUGCGCUUUUGUUUGACGCAAUACUGGAUUUUUACGCACUAAACGGACUCUGACUGGCACAGUUCAGAUACUUUUGUAACAGAGGGGAGCACUGAAAGAAAGAGGAUAGGAUGGCGAGCCAGAACGACUGCUGUGUGAAGGUCUCUUUGAGGAUCCGUCCCCAGAUGGCGAAGGAGAAGAUUGAGGGCUGUCACGUGUGUACGCUGGUCACGCCCGGGGAGCCCCAGAUGUUGCUGGGUAAAGACAAGGCCUUCACGUACGACUUUGUGUUCGACAUCGACUCAGCCCAGCAGCAGAUCUAUGCUGCCUGCGUCCACAAACUCAUCGAGGGCUGUUUCGACGGAUACAACGCUACGGUGUUUGCCUAUGGACAGACAGGCUCAGGGAAGACCCAUACCAUGGGGACAGGGUUUGACAUGAACGUGCAGGAGAAGGACCAGGGUAUCAUCCCGCGGGCUGUUCGUCAGCUGUUCCUGGGCAUCCAGGAGAGGAAGACACAGGCCCAGCAGCAGGGCACACACCCUCCAGAGUUUAAAGUCAGUGCACAGUUCCUAGAGCUGUACAAUGAGGAGAUCCUAGAUCUGUUUGACGGAGCCAGAGACCCAGACUGUAAGAGCAGGAAGUCUAAUAUCAAGAUCCAUGAGGAUGGCAGCGGCUCCAUCUACACCACCGGAGUCACCUCACGACUUGUCAACUCAGAGGAAGAGCUGUUACAGUGUCUGAAGCUGGGAGCGUUGUCUCGUACCACGGCCAGUACCCAGAUGAACGCAUCUAGUUCCAGAUCUCACGCCAUCUUCACCAUCAACCUCUGUCAGAUGAGAGUCUGUCAACAAACUGAGGAGAAUGGUGAGGUGAACAGAGGUGUAAAUGGAGGUGUGAUUGGGGAGGUGAACGGAGAUGAAAAUGGAGGUGUGAUUGGGGAGGUGAACGGAGAGGUGAAUGGUGUUGGCGGAGAUGGAGGGUCUAUUACCAAGCCUGAGUAUGAGACUCUGAUGGCCAAGUUUCACUUUGUGGACCUAGCUGGAUCAGAGAGACUCAAACGCACCGGAGCAACGGGAGAACGGGCACGGGAGGGCAUAUCCAUCAACUGUGGACUGCUGGCUUUGGGGAAUGUGAUCAGUGCUCUGGGGGACCAGGCUAAGAAAGGAGGACAUGUUCCCUACAGAGACUCUAAACUAACGCGCCUACUACAGGACUCACUGGGAGGAAACAGUCGUACGUUGAUGAUCGCGUGUGUGAGUCCGUCGGACCGGGACUUCAUGGAGACCCUGAACACACUGAAGUACGCCAACAGAGCCAGGAACAUCAAGAACAAGGUGGUGGUGAACCAAGACAAGACCAGCCAACAGAUGUCUGCCCUGAGGGCUGAGAUUGCCAGGCUACAAAUGGAACUUAUGGAGUAUAAAGCGGGUAAGCGUGUGGCAGGUGAGGACGGCUCGGAGGGCUUCAGUGAUCUGUUCCAGGAGAACUCGAUGUUACAGAGAGAGAACGACACGCUACGCAUGCGAGUCAAAGCCAUGCAGGAGACCAUCGACCACCUCAACACACGGGUAACCACGCUCCUCGCCAACGAGGUCAGCACGCUGCUGGCCAAGUCGGGUGAGGGCAAUGAGGAGAUUGGUGCUCUGAUACAGAACUAUAUCAGAGAGAUCGAGGAGCUCAGAUCAAAGCUCCUGGAGAGCGAGUCGAUGAACGAGUGUCUUCGUCGCAGUGUAACCCGUCUCUCCUCCCGCUCCCCGUUCACCAGCUCCUCCUCUCAUAGCUCCACCCCAGGGCCACACCCCUUAGGCUCCUCUCCUUCCCUUUCCAUGGAGGCGGAGAUGACGGAUGUGAUUCGUCGAGCCAAGACGGACAUCGAGAGGCUGAAGAAGAAGGAGAGGAGACAGAGGAGGAUGAGCCCAGAGAAAGAGAAAGGGUUGAAGAAACGAGCGAAGCUUCAUUCUCAUGAGAACGGACAUAAUGGAGAAAACGGCCAGAUGGACUCGGAUGACAACUACACAGAGGACGUGAUGUCACCUCUGCAGGAGGAGGAGAGCGGGUGUGACGAGGAAGAGGAGGAGGAGGGGAGGGACGAAGAGGAGUUUGACAGUGAUGAGAGUCUGGUGGAUUCCGACUCGGACUCUGAUGAGAAAGCUAAUUUCCAGGUGGAUCUGGCAGACCUGACGAGUGAGAUUGAGAUCAAGCAGAAGUUGAUCGAUGAGCUGGAGAACAGUCAGAAGAGACUGCUGCAGCUCAAGCUACAAUAUGAAGAGAAACUCAUCCUGCUGCAGAACAAGAUCAGAGACACACAGCUUGAGAGAGAUAGAGUACUGCACAACCUCUUGUCUAUGGAGAACUACACGGAGGAGAAGGCUAGCAGGAUUAAAUCCGAGUAUGAGAAGAGGCUGAAGGAGAUGAACAGAGACCUGCUGAAACUGCAGGCAGCACAGAAGGAACACACGAGGCUACUGAAGAACCAGGGACGCUAUGAACAGGAACUGAAGAAACUGCAGCAGGAGGUCAACGAGAUGAAGAAAGUCAAGGUGGCACUGAUGAAGCAGAUGAAGGAGGAGCAGCUGAGGAGGAGGAUGAUGGAGGCCAAGAGGAACAGAGAGAUCGCUCAGCUCAAGAAGGAGCAGCGACGACAGGAAUACCAGAUUCGUUCGUUGGAGAGUCAGAAGCGUCAACAGGAGCUGGUACUGAGGAGAAAGAGCCAGGAGGUGACAGCCUUACGACGUUUGGCUAAACCCAUGUCUGGACGUAUGGCUAGACGACUACAGCCCCUAGACUCCGGAGCAGAACUGUCUGCCAGCACCACCUCCUCUGAACCAGAGUCCAACCGGACCACCUCAACCAAAGUGUCGAACAUAGUGAGACAGUGGAACACCAAGAUGAAUGGCUACCUGGGAGAGAGCGAGGGGAUUACCACCAACGGGACACAGGUUGUUGGCAGUAGGACGCGUGUCCAGCAGCGCAAGGGUGUUCUCGUGGGCAGCAGUAGUUUCUCCAAGGCGGCCCGUCAGAAGUGGCAGACUCUAGAGAGGAGGAUCCUGGACAUCGUCAUGCAGAGGAUGACCAUCACCAACGUCGAGGCCGACAUGGACCGACUCAUCAAGAAGCGAGAGGAGCUGUCUGUGCAGCAGGAGGCACUGUUGCGUAAAAGGCAGGUGCUUAUGGCUGAGGGGGAGGGGCCUGACGGGGAGGACCGCCUAGUCCAGGAAAUGAACGAGGACAUUGAGGUUCUGAAUGCAAACAUCGACUACAUCAACGACAGCCUAUCAGACUGCCAGGCAACCAUCGUUCAGAUAGAGGAGACCAAGGAUGAGCUGGACUCGGUGGACACCUCAGUGGUCAUCAGCUCCUGCUCUCUGGCUGAGGCCCGACACCUCCUGGACCACUUCCUCAAGGCCUCCAUUGACAAGGGUUUACAGGUGGCUCAAAAGGAGUCUCAGAUCCGUCUGUUGGAGGGCCAGCUGAGACAGACAGAUAUGAUUGGCUCUGCCCAUAACCACAUCAUCCUGGACGCGCUGAGAGAAAAGGCUGAGUGUAUCCCCGAGCUGCAGGCACUCAUACACAACGUACAGCAGGAGAAUGGUUAUGUCAGCACCGACGAGGAGCCUCCAGAGUUUAGCCAGGCCUCUGAUGGCAGUGUGUCUCGGAUGAAGUCCUCAGCUAGUCAGGAUGACUGCAAGCUGAAGGUUCAGACUGAGCCCCGUCUGUCAGCCCAGAUGAAAGCGGUAUCGGCAGAGUACCUGGGUCCCGUGUUAGACCCAUCCACUAAGAACAUCACCAAGUCCCUGGCUUCCCUAACAGACAUCCAGGAGAACGGCGGCUCAGGUGGCCUGAGCCUCACUCUCCCCAUCUUUAGAGACAGGGUGUCCAGGACCAUCAGCCUGCCUGUCCGGGGACACACCUUUCCCCGGCAGUCUCGGGGUGACACCUCCCCUCUAACAAGGAGGAAGUCUUAUGACCGAGGCCAGUCUUACAGAAAUGCUGAUGGGCAUACUCCCCCAUCCUCCCCCCCUCUCAGAACCAGAAACGAUCGCAAUGUCUUUUCAAGGCUCACCAGCAACCAGAGCCAAGGCUCCGCACUGGACAAGGGUGUGAUCACUCCCACGGGGGGAGUGAAGGGGGGACGGACGGCGCCCCUCCAGUGUUCAGCCAUAGCAGAGGGACACUCUAAACCUGUCCUCUGUGUGGACGCUACAGAUGAACUGCUCUUCACUGGAUCCAAAGACCGGACGUGUAAGAUGUGGAACCUGGUGACGGGACAGGAAAUCGUCACGCUGAAAGGGCACCCCAAUAACGUGGUCUCAGUCAAAUACUGUUCCUCCUCAUGCCUCGUCUUCUCUGUCUCCACCUCCUACAUCAAGGUCUGGGACAUACGAGACUCUGCCAAGUGUGUCCGCACCCUCACGUCUUCAGGCCAGGUGGUAUCGGGGGAUGCGUGUGUGGGCACCACCACCCGUACCAUCACGGUGGCACAGGGUGAAUACCAGAUCAACCAGAUAGCUCUCAACCCCUCUGGCUCUGUUCUCUAUGCUGCUGCUGGUAACACCGUACGCACCUGGGACCUCAACAGGAUGAUGGCAUUAGGGAAACUGACAGGUCAUAUAGGCUCAGUGAUGUGUCUCACUGUAGGUCAGUCUCUACUGGGCAAAGACCAGGUCAUCACUGGCUCCAAGGACCACUAUGUCAAGGUGUUUGACGUGGCAGAGGGCAUGCUGGGUAAUUUAGGCCCCGCCCACAACUUUGAGCCUCCGCACUAUGACGGCAUCGAGUGUCUGGCCAUCCAGGGAGACGUUCUGUUCAGCGCAUCACGAGACAACGGCAUCAAGAAGUGGGACCUGGAGAACCAAGAACUCACACAGCAAAUCCCCAACGCCCAUAAGGACUGGGUGUGUGCGCUGGCAUACGUUCCAGGGCGACCCAUGUUGCUGAGUGCCUGUCGGGGAGGCAUGCUGAAGGUGUGGAACGUUGAUAACUUCACCCCCAUAGGAGAGGUCAAGGGUCAUGAGAGCCCCAUCAAUGCCAUCUGCACCAACUCCCGGCACAUCUUCACCGCUUCCAGUGACUGCAGGGUGAAGUUAUGGAGUUAUGUCCCAGGUCUGACCCCCUGUCUACCGCGACGGGUUCUGGCUAUCAAGGGUCGCGCCACAAGCCUCCCAUGAGCCUUCACUCCGACUCACAACCCCGCUUCCGCUCUCCUCUGUGAUAUGACAGUGAAGAUCUGGUCAGCAAAGGUGGGGAAGAAGAGGUGACGUUCGGUCGGAGCGUUAUUGUGACAUCAUUAUCUGCGGCCAUCUUUACUGAGGGCCUUCACCACUGACCUCUGACCCUCUCACCUCAACCACCUCAACCAAUCAGGUGUGACGCUGCAGGACUUCACGGUUACCAACCAUGACCGGGACGACCGGUGUGGAUGACGCGUCGUCGCAAAGUUCAGCCUCCUCCGGAAAGAUCCUGAUGAGGAGUGUGUCUUCAACUGAAAGGCAAAACGGGAAGCUUGAGAGUUUUUGCCUUUUCUUGUUUCUACUGCCAAUCCAACUGGAAGUGCAAUUGAGGUGUGAUGGGAUUUGGACAAGACAAAACCUUUAUUGUGCCAGAUAAUGGCUGUGUGAGGACAAAAAUCAGAAUGCCCAUGGGACGUUCAUAGACACAGCUACUGACUGAUUCAUCUACUCUCCUAUUUAUUAGUCAUUCAAUGAAAACAAGGUCUCCCAGAGGUGAACUGACCCUUGGAAAACACCAUUUCUGAGCCAACUAAAGACUAUGUUUCUAUCUUCAGGGCUGUCUGUGUUUGAUUGUCUACUGGCUGAGAUGAACCAACUGGAAUUCAUGUAUAGCAAAGGGGGCUGAGAGAGCGAGUUGUUCAGUAUACAUGCAGUAUGUAUGUUGAAACCACUCGACAGUUUGUUGAGAGUUCACUUCAGCCCUUUGUGAUUCCCUGUCUCUUCAUCUCCAUGGAUGGGUUUUCUGUGGCCUCUACCUUGGCUGCAGGCUGCUGAGUCUGCACUGAGAGAGCCUAGCAAUAAUAACAUCACUACUAACACCAGUCCUGGAGGAACACACACACGCACACACACACUGCUGUGUUAUCAGGGUGGGAGUGCAGGAAUAAUAGUAUUAUUCACACUCGCACAGACACACCAACCCCACCGGACAGCGGUAUCUCCACAGGUGCCAAAGUUCAAGAUCGUUAUCUCUCCUGUCUCUAUGCGGCCGGAGACUGGCCCGCGUCCCACAUGGCACCCUACUUCCUAUGAAGUGCACUACUUUUGACCAGGGAUUAGGGUGCCAGUUGGGACUCGACCUCUCUCUCUCUCUCUCACCGAGGCUCUCAAGCGCUUCAAUAAGAACCCCCCCCCCCCCCCGGGAAGCCACCAUCUCAACCGCUCCUCUCCUCUCACCCUGUGAGUCUGGUAUGCUGUGCGACUCCAUUCUGAGCUUAUUAGCUGUUGUAACUUCUGCAAAACUGGGUUUGAAUCACAGGAGGUUGGUGGCACCGUGAUUGUGGGGGACGGGCUUGUGGUAAUGGCUGGAGUGGAAUAAGUGGAAUUGGUAUCAAACACAUCAAGCCACAUGGUUUGUUUGAUGCCAUUCCAUUCGUACCGAUCCAGCCGUCAUGAGCCGUUCUCCCCUCAGCAGCCUCCACUGGUUUGAGUACUAUUUGAAAUCUUUCAAAUAUUUGUCAGUAUUUCUUCUAGCCUGCCUGGAUUAGCCAGAUGUGGCCCAUGAUGCCAGGCAAGCUCAAUCAAGCACCGAUAAAGUAUUUGGAAUUUCAAAUAGUAUUUGAGCCCAGGUCUGAACUGAUGAAAACUGUAACUGCAGACACCGAUAUAGAUCUAGUUCUGCGCCACAGAGACAGUGGUGGGAGGGAUGGUGAUGCUAGCUAGGCUAAUUGGCUGCUGUGUUAGCAGGUGGUGAUGAGUUAUGCUGCAUGAGGGGCAAAAGUCUGAUUAAGUAGGUCAGGACAGGGGAAGAGCGCUUGCAUCCCUAUUGGCACCCUAUUCCCUGCAUAGUGCACUACAUUUGACCAGAGUCCUAUGGGCCCUCGUCAAAAGUAGUGCACUAUAUAAGGAAUUUGGUGCCAUUUGGGACGCACACUUUACCAGAUCUUUAUUUAUUCCAUUCAGUAGUUUUAAAGAAGGAACCCUUCCCUGCUGUGUGUGUGCCUUUGGGGUAGUGUGGGGGCGACGCCUGGCUUCACACACACACACACAUGCUUUUAGGUUAUCCAUCUUGCUUGGCAGGGCUUGGCUUCCUUCAGCUCUGAGAUUUACUGUCUGCUAAGUUAAACAUAUUUGUCUUCUAGCCCUCCCGCGCACACACACACACACACACACUCAUGUGGCUAACCACUAUCUCCAGGCACCGUUGAUCAGAGAAUCUUCCCUCCUAACCCUUUUAGAAGGGGACAUUCUAAUCAAUUCCCACUGACAAUGUCACAACGUAGAACAUUCCGAAGAAAUUGUGAAAUUCUCACACUCCUCCCUGAGGAUCGGAAAUAUCUUUAGAUGCCUAGUGAGCGACUGAGCCACGUGUAACUCGCAGCAUUUCUUCUCCUGUGAAUAUAUCUAGUUGUUAUUGAGUGCACUUUAUCUGGUAAAGACUUAGAAACGUGUGCACUGCACUGUGAUCAAAUGGAUGACGUUAGAGGAAGGGAUUGGUGGUCCAAUAGAGCAAAAGAAAAGUAUCCCAAAUGAAAUCUACUGCAAUGAGAAUCUCAAAUCAUGUCUUUUGUAGAGCUGUCUUUGAAGACUGAAUCAAUGGUGUCUCUCUUACGAGACAUGUGGAUGCUGCUAAACAUGACGUAAAUAGUUUGAUAAAGAAUAACAUAAGACAUAAGAUGACACAAUCACGUUAUUCUGAGCCUAGGUUUAGGUCUGAGUUGAAGGUAGAGGGAGUUUAUACUAUACACAGAUCCAGUUUUAUAGUCUCUGUAUGUAGCCCAUAACGCCUUGUUUUUAAAGCCAUUUGAAUGUGUUUAAGGUACAAUCGAUGUUCCUUUGUCUUAGAGGAAUAUCUAUGGAAUAUCUAUGUAAUCUCCAUCGACUUUUAGGACUUCUUUAAUAACAUCAAACUAUCAUGCAUUUUUUGUUGUUGUUGUUGUUGUCGACUCCCUUCUUAAUAUUGUAUUUUCCAAAUCCUCUAUCAUGUCCCUUGGAGGACCAGGAUGUUGAACACCCACAGCUGUGCCAAUCACCUAUAGCUAGCUAACUAUGUGGUGCUUUACUCUGUUCACUGUUCCAGGAUCAGCCUUUCUACUCCUUCGCUCAGUGUGUUUCGCAGUAGCUGUUCGAGGAAGCUCUGUGGUACCUUAAAAGCGCUUUAAAGGUGCCCCUGCUUGUGCAUUUGCUGUAGAACAGAGCUGCGUGAACAUAGCGGUUGUGAUGGUAGGAGAGGAGGAAGCCUCAGAACCAUGAGCAGAAUUAAUAUUCCAACCGAAUGUUCAGUCACACUUUAUUUGGAUAGUGCGGAUAGUCCGUCUGUGGUCAUACCAUCAACAAAUAAUCUGUUGACCGGCAACUGCUUGCUAAGGUUAGGUUUAGAAUAAGGGUAAGAGUUCAUUUUUGGGUUAGGUUAAGGGUUAGGGCUACUAGAUAGUUACUGAUCAUCUACAGAUGGCCUAUCUGAAAUAAAGUGUUACCGAAUGUUCUAAUUCGACGUCACACAGGUGCUGUUUUAAUUCCGGAACAGGACGCCGAUGAGAACAAUCAAAAUGCUCACCUCGUAGUCUCAAAGGGUUAACCACACAGCCAAAUUAGAACCCCUCUCCUCUCCAGUUGGAAGAGCUGCUACUGACCGAGCAUGUCUGACAGCCAUGUCCACCCGCUAUAGAUUCCUAGGCUUCUUCUCUCGUCUCCAUCGGUACCUCUCUUGUUGGCUGGAUCACCUGUAUACAGGUGUAUUAUGCUGUCUAUCGGAGGGGAGAUUUGAGCACAGUUAUUGACUUCCUGGUUAUCCGGCGCCCCGACAAAAAGUCGACUGACCCCGCGUGCAGAUAUGACCGUCUGUAUAUCUACCCGAGCUUAAACGUUCACCUAAUUAGAAAAUGAACCACUCAGCCUAUCAGCUCCACGUCUCUGCCGCUUGCAUCUGCUUUGGCUCUAAACACCAGUGAUUCUAUUAUUUUUUAGCAGAAAUGGUCUGUGAAUAAAGUGACCUGACGCGGAAUGGCAACAAACAACAAAAGCGUCUAACGGUGCACUUUGGCUGCUCUACUAGUGGUCUGGAUCACUCGUACUGUAGAUGUGCUAAGAUUGUUAAGAGCCACGUUGCUCACGGAGGCUCUGGGAAACACCUUGUCUACUAAAGAUACAUUUGUAAGAAAUGUAUCUAAUAUGUUCUGAUAUCUAGGCCUAAUUCAAACACUGACCAGAGCUGGUAUGUGUAAUAUUUUGAUUUGCUGCUCAGAAGUGCACACAAUUAGAGGUCACACGGAGGGAUGGCGUCCCGUUGUCGGCUCUGUUUCUCUCUAUUUCUGUUUCACAGGUAAAGUGGACAGUAAACGUGUAUCUGGUGGUAUCUGUGAACCAGGGUCAAAUGUCAUACCAGGUGCCUUUUAUUUUCACAGGCUCUUCCCCCUACGGACUACUGUAAGUGUUUGUACAGAUAACAUUGUGUUUCUUUUUCUUACAAUGUGCAUGUGACCAAAUACCAUGUAAAAUACCUUGACAUUUAAAAACUGUAAGUAGAUGUAUUGUUUAAUGAUGGAUCAAUAAAACGUUCCUUCAAUUAAAUAAAAAACUUCAAAGAAUAAAAUCGGUGGUCUCAAAAGUA